AUGGACGGCUGCGAGUUAAUUGACGCCACACGUCUCUUCGGCGGCAAGAUGCUGUCGAAAAAGACCACGCGCAGAUGCAGGGCGCUCGCCUCGGUGUGCCUUUGCGUCCUCGCGCUCUGCUUGUCGGUUGCCGCGCUGCUGACAUCGCACUGGUGUAUCGGCACACAGAGGGUCCCCAAGCCGAGCUGUUCCAAAAAGCGCCAACACAACUGCAUCGACUACGGGGUGAACGAGACCGACACCAAUAAAGUGGUUUACAGCUGGGAGACCGGAGAUGACAGAUUUCUCUUCAGGUACUUCCAUACGGGGAUAUGGUACUCAUGCGAGGAGGACGUUCUUGGGGGUGGGGAGCAAUGCAGAAGCUUCAUAGAUCUCACCCCGGCAUCCUCGAGAGAGGUGCUGUGGUUGUCGGUGGUGUCCGAGAUCCUCUACAUCACCUUCCUGAUGGUGGGCUUCGGCCUCAUGUGCGCCGAGCUCUUCCACUCCAGUGAUGUCAUCGACGGCCUCAAGCUCAACGCCUUUGCCGCCGUCUUCACCGUCCUCUCAGGUCUUCUGGGCAUGGUGGCCCAUAUGAUGUACACCCAGGUGUUCCAGGUCACUGCCAACCACGGACCACGCGAUUGGAGGCCAUACAACUGGGACUAUGGUUGGUCCUUUGGUAUGGCGUGGGGUUCGUUCACCUGCUGCAUGGGUGCCUCGGUGACCACCCUCAACUCCUACACCAAGACGGUCAUCGAGUUCCGUAACCGGCGGAAGACGUUCGGCCAGAGCCACCACCACCGCAAGAAGCAGCAGCAGGCCUUCAUGGAAGACCAGGGCAUCAGUGACCUCCGCCACCGCCCCUUGCCCUCCGUCUCCGAGUCAGUGAACGAGAGGAAGAGUCCGACGGAGAAGUGCAACGGAGUGGAGACGCACCCACACCCGCUCCCUCAGACGCCCUCGUCUCCGCACCCAAGCCCCCGCAUGCAGCCCCCGCCCUCCCCUCAGCCCAGCCUGAAGUCAGACAGCCAGACCCAGACGUAUGACGUGGACAUGGACGCUGACGACCAGUGCUGA